AUGUUCCAUGACUUGCGCCCCUUCCUUCUCUACUUUACCGCCCUCUUCUCAUCAGCUCUGGAGGGCUCUAGACGGGGGGACACUUGGCGAGAUCGACAUCCACAAGCUCGGCUCCUAGACGGAGGUGUCAAGAGGUUCUCGACGUCGUCGGAUUGGUGGAAUCGUUGGUGGGUGAGUGAUCGAACGGCACACCUAGAGCAGCAACGACUCAAGGGUGCCCUUGACAAGGGCGAACCCCCACCAAAAAGCGAUGAGGACAAAAUGGCAGCUCAGUUUACGAAACUAUUCUCUUUCAUUCUCGCCAACGUCCACGAUCCGGCUGCUCUCGAUGAUUCAGUCUUUCAGUCUCGCCCAAAAGUGGCUGCCAGUUUCCUCGUCGCCUCGACACUUUUCUCGUUUCUGAAUUUCUCGAUAUUGGAAAGGAUUGAUGGGCAUCGUCAAAUCUCAAUCGUUCCACUGAUCACGAAAAAGCCGAACCCUUUCGGGGGACGAGGCGGGGGAUCACGAGGAAAAAGCAAUGAAAUGGCCACGGAUGUCCUGCAGCUAGUCUCAUAUUUUUUGGCAAAUAUCUCCGAUUAUUCUUCAGCCAUGAAGAUCCCGUGCUACAGUUGUAUGAGCGAGUAUAUGAAAGACUCAUUUCCACAUCUCCAAACUCUCUACAAGAAACCGUUCGCCUUCAACAACGCCUGUGAUCAAACUGAAAUGAAUCGUCACGCGCUUUUCGUAAAAAAUUGCACCGAGAUGUGUGUGACGCUGCGGAUACAUGACGUGGUCGCAGGUCGACGUCGGAUAGGCUUCAUGCGAGGCUGUCUAUCAGAUAUCACAGGUGCCUCAACACACACGCUUGGCCGGCAAUUGGCGGGCUCUCGAUGCUUUGAGACCGAUGUGCGUCAACUUUUCACUCUUACCGCGCAAAAGCAAGAGUUGGAGCCGACAAAAUUAUCCGUUUGCGGUUGUGAGGGCGAUUUGUGCAACGAGAGCCGUAGAAAAGCGUCGAUUUUCUCCGUAUUGCUAGGUUUUCUUCUUCUCUUUUAUCUAGCAGUUCAU